GUUAACUUCGCUCUGUUCAUUGCUUCAAUCAUAUGCUUCAUACGAAAUCAAUCCAUCUUUAAAGCAAACCCUCUCACAUUCCACUUUCAAGAUUAAAAAAUCUUCUCAAUUAUAGCUAGAGAAAGAGAAUCUGUCUCUCUUUCUCUCAUCUCUCUCUAGCUAAACAUGAAGAACAACAAUGGUAGCAACACAAAAUUGAUUCUCCUCCACCCUUACAUCCAAAAACAAGGAAGCUCCAAUCGAUUAUGGCUUCUCGCCUUCAUUUCAUUCUUCACCGUUGCGUUCCUUGUCACUCUUAUUUACACUCGAGAAUCUUUCUCCACAAACGCCGGAAUAGCAACUACCACCGUCACCAUGACCACCGUCGCCGCCUCCUCCGCUAUUUCAGCACCACUGCCAACAACAGUCAUUAACACGCUCCUCCACUACACGUCCAGAUCCAACGACACUUUCCACAUGUCAUACACCGAGCUCAAACCGAUCUCCGAUGUGCUCCGAAAAUGUUCCUCUCCCUGCAACUUCCUCAUUUUCGGACUCACGCACGAAACGCUCCUCUGGAAGGCACUGAAUCACAACGGCCGUACAGUCUUCAUCGACGAGAACCGCUACUACGCCGCUUAUUUCGAAGAACUCCAUCCCGAAAUCGACGCCUACGACGUGCAGUACACGACCAAGAUGAGCGAGUGGAGAGAACUCAUCGGGUCCGCUAAGGAACAGAUACGCAACGAGUGCCGGCCCGUACAGAAUCUGUUAUUCUCCGAGUGCAAGCUUGGGAUUAACGAUUUGCCCAACCACGUUUACGAGGUGGACUGGGACGUGAUUCUGAUUGAUGGGCCGAGAGGAGAUGGGUCUGAUGGGCCGGGCCGGAUGUCGCCAAUAUUUACUUCUGGUGUGCUAGCGAGAAGCAAGAAAGGAGGAAAUGGUAAGACCCAUGUGUUUGUGCAUGAUUAUUAUAGGAACAUUGAGAGGGCAUAUGGAGAUGAGUUUCUGUGUAGAGAGAACUUGGUGGAGCACAAUGACUUGCUUGCACAUUUUGUGGUCGAAAGAAUGGAUGAGAAUAGCUUCCAUUUCUGUCGCAAUAAAACUACUUCUUCAUUGUCGUCCUAGUAGUGGAUUGAUCAGGCUUCAUCGGCAGGCAGAACCAAAGGUCCCCAAAUUGGUGUAUUUAUGAUUUUUUUUCCCUUUACUUUUUGGAGCUUAUUUUCAGUUGGGUUGGGGAUGUGAACAAUAAUUUUUUUUCUUCCUUGGGAAUUGGAAAUAGUGAGCUCAAUAUGGAAUUAAUAAGUUUCAGAUUUUCAAUAGCGAGCAAGGUUGUGGAUGAUCAUGCAUCAGAAUAUAUUGCAUCACUAUAAGUCUAUAACAAA